GCCCAGGAGCCUCGAUGGUGCUCUGCGGCCAGCGGUGCGCCACCGGGUGAGGCGCCCGCCCGUGGGAGCUGCAGGGGUGGCGGGGGCGAAGGUGGGGACCCGCGCGCAGAGGGCGGGCGCUGCUCGCUGCUCAAGGCGCCAGGCCCUGUCCCAGCCCGCGGCCGCCCUGCCACCCGCCCCGCGUCGCCUCCUGCGGGAGCUGGGGGCACCGGGCGGAGGCGCGCUGCUGGAGGCGGCUGGCUGGAUGCGGGACCUGCGCGGACUUGGCUGCGGACGGCGGCUCUGGACUCGCGGAAGCCGAGCGCGCUGGCAUGGCCUCCAACUUUAACGACAUAGUCAAGCAGGGCUACGUGAAAAUCCGCAGCAGGAAGCUGGGGAUUUUCAGACGAUGCUGGUUGGUUUUCAAAAAGGCUUCCAGUAAAGGACCCAGAAGGCUAGAAAAAUUUCCAGACGAAAAGGCAGCGUAUUUUAGAAACUUCCAUAAAGUAACGGAACUGCACAACAUCAAAAAUAUAACCAGACUGCCUCGAGAGACAAAGAAGCAUGCGGUGGCAAUUAUCUUUCAUGAUGAAACCUCCAAGACAUUUGCCUGCGAGUCAGAGCUGGAGGCCGAGGAGUGGUGCAAGCAUCUCUGUAUGGAGUGUCUGGGGACCAGGCUGAAUGACAUCAGCCUUGGGGAACCUGACCUUCUGGCAGCAGGAGUGCAACGAGAGCAGAAUGAGCGGUUCAAUGUGUAUCUGAUGCCUACACCAAAUCUGGAUAUUUACGGCGAAUGCACAAUGCAGAUCACUCAUGAGAAUAUCUAUCUCUGGGAUAUCCACAAUGCCAAGGUCAAACUGGUGAUGUGGCCUCUCAGCUCCUUGAGGAGAUACGGGCGGGACUCCACGUGGUUCACCUUUGAGUCAGGAAGAAUGUGUGACACGGGGGAAGGACUAUUCACUUUUCAAACAAGGGAAGGAGAAAUGAUCUAUCAGAAGGUGCAUUCUGCGACACUGGCCAUAGCUGAGCAACAUGAAAGAUUAAUGCUAGAAAUGGAGCAGAAGGCCCGGCUUCAGACAAGCUUGACUGAACCAAUGACGUUAUCCAAAUCAAUAUCUCUUCCUCGUAGCGCGUACUGGCAUCACAUCACCCGUCAGAACAGCGUUGGUGAGAUCUACAGUUUGCAAGGUCAUGGGUUUGGUUCCUCAAAGAUGUCACGUGCACAGACCUUUCCCAGCUACGCCCCAGAGCAGAGCGAAGAGACUCAGCAGUCCUUGUCCCGGUCCAGCAGCUAUGGAUUCAGCUACAGCUCAAGCCUCAUCCAAUGACACACAGAGAACCACUGCUGACCAGAGAGACAGUCUGUCCCAGACCUGCUUGUGGGGUCAUUGUGCCCUCUGCCUCCUGGAAGACCAAUUGCAGUAGAAAUUGAAAUGGGUUGGGUCUAGCCCCCAUCCCAGAGGAAGGUUCAAAACUGGAGUUCUGCUUCCUUGAUUCCGUGGCUAAGUCCUUUAUUUAUUGAAUUUCUUGGGGGGGGGGGGGCGGCGGGAUAUCUGUGUUUAACAAAGAUAGAAUCCAAAUCAUAUGAACAGUCAUUUAAAUACAAUUCUUUGGGUCUGACAGUAGCAGCAGCCCGGGCACCAUGAGCAUUGCCCAACAGGGUUGUACCUGGUUGGUGUCCUCAUGGCUUAGUCCUCCCGUCUGAUGACAGGGCUGGUCCUUAGACAUAAAGGUCACCCACCACAAGCUGUGUGGCUUGGAAGGUUUUGACAGGGAUAAAUCCAAUAAGCUCCACAAAUGGCAUCAUAACUUGCCAUAUAAAUAAGCCCAGUGACAAUUGAGGGAACAGGAAAUUGAGAACACACGAUUAAGCAAGGCCUUGUAGCUCUGCGUGUGUGUGUGUGUGUGUGUGUGUGUGUGUGUGUGUGUGUGUGUGUGUGUGUAGACAAAUAGAGAUAUGGAUUUUGCUACAUCCAUCUAUAUUUAACAAGUAUUAUCAAAUGUGUGCUGAGGGUGACAGGUCAUGCUCACUUAAAUCGUAGAAAACUGUCAUUUGGUGCAUUAAAGUUAAAGAUUGUUAUGUUGAAUAGCUGUUUUUAAGACAGUGCUGUAAAAAAAAAUGCUUCUUAUUAGCGAAAGUAUUUAUAUAGUCAAGUCUGCUCCUAUGACAAGCCUGAGGUGUGAGAAGGAGGGAUGCUUUGGGAGCAAAAGAACCAGUCUAGCUGUCCUAUGCCUCACGUCACCGUGCUGUCUUUCUGGCUAGCAUUCCCUUGUUGGUGACAGUGUCUUUCUCCCUUUGGGUGUGAUCACCAGCCAGCUUCCAUCUCAUCUCAAGAAAAGGAACUCUAAAUGAGAACCUGUUUAAGAAAGUGAUUAAAAUACCUGUAAAAAGAACUGAUCUAUUUUGCAGUCAGGAGACCAACAGGCACAGGAUGGUAGAAGUCUGAAACCUCACACACUCUUCUCAGCAGCCAUCAGGGAUUCGCCUUUUACUGUAUGACCAGGACUCGCUGGGCUUGCCUUUCCUUUUACUGGGUCAGGGUUGGCUGGGACUAUGAGAAAAUGGAGUAAAUAUAAUUUUGUUCAUCCUUCACACUAAUGAUGAAGGUUUGAAAGGAGCUGGUGAUUUCCAUGUGGACUGAGGAAAUUUGGCUAAUUCAGGUCAACAUAGAUCGUUUUGCUCUCAGUUUUGGCAUUCAGUUGAAUGAAAAUAAAGAUGAACCUGCCUGAUUAUCUGAUGCCACGUGCUUAAGAUGGCCAGCUCACAAAUCCCCUAAGAGGAAUAGAAAUAGCAGGGAGCCCAGGCCAUGUAAGAUGAACACCAGAUUUUUCUUUGUUAAUAGCAAAAUAUUUUAAACUAUCAAAGUUAGUCUGUUGAAAGGGUACCUGUUUUGCUGAUUAGAGAUAAGGUUUAUUCUUCAUCCCUAUCCAUUCCUUUCAGAGGAUUACUGCAACAUUAAAUGGUUCUGGGUCCCUCCUUGAUCAAUUCACAUUUAUAGCAACCACCUAGACUCUCCGCAACCCUCAGAUAAAUGUGAAAACCCCAUCAAGAUGCUAAUCAUAAGAGUUAAUGUGGCUGUGAAAAAUAAUUAUCCUAAGCUUUCAGGAAUAAAAAGAAAAUUGCUCAAAUGCUCUGCACUGUGAAUUUUGCUGACACAUCAGAAGAGCAGGUGACUGGUUCCUGACAAUGACAGAGCCUUUCCUGAAGUUUCAGCUUUCAGAGUUAGGCACCUCUAAAUUCCUUCAGCACAGGGCAUUUGCUUUUGAAAUGCCAUUAGCUGAACUCACCAGAGCAACUCCCAGCUGAGACCAUUUGAGCACAGCUCCUAGUGGGGUCCCACUCGGAGCAAGACUCACUCAGUCGAGCUGUUGCUUAGAGACCACAAGGGACUUAAUGGGGAAAAGCCCCCAAAGGUCCUGGUUCAUGUCUCAGUUUUAUUAAUGUGCCCGGAGCACAGACACCGAGUCCAGGGAGGUGGAAUCUGCUAAUAAGAUGAGUUGCUCUUGUGUCUACUGGGUGGGAGACAUAAUACCUGCAUGAAGUUACUCAAAAACACUGUUUUCUUAUGAUCAUUCCCAGUGAGCAUAACUGACAGGGUACCAGAGAUCAGGCAAAACCUUGGGCCAGUUCAUUCUGAAAAUCAUGUUAUAAAAAGAGUCUGUGAGAUAGAACUUUCCUUCCCAUGUCUUUAUCCAAUCUCAUCGCAAUGAGAAUAAGGCCAUAAAAUAUCUCCUGGGACAUUUUUGGAGAUGUAUUCUCUCCUCUAACUAUGCUUCCAAUUGUAGCUAAGUCAAAACGACUAAAUGAACAGAUAGGAGAAUUUAUAUUAACCUAACAUACUUGACAUAAGGCAGUGCGCAUUGCAAUAAAAAUGACAAGCUGAUAAAUCUUCUACAAAAACCAAAGAUGAAGAGUUACUGAACCCGUCUUCUGGAACUUCAUGAAAUCAAUUCCACUGGAGCAACUAGAGUGGUCAUAGGCAUGUAUUCAACUCACUUGAGCUUAUAGGUUUUGACUGAAGAUGCCUCUACACUUCACAAGUCAUUUUUUCUCCCUCCAGAAAUUGUAUUAUACCUUUAACAUACAUGUGACUUUUUCAUUGUGAGGGAGUGACUUGCUAUGAACCAAAGACAUCUUUUGGCCCCUUCCAAAAGUGACUCCGCUGGGACUUCUCCAGAUGGGGAAGGUGAAUGAAGAGGGGCACAGUUUCCAUAUCGGGUGGGAAGAGAGUGAUGAUGACAGAACCCAACAUAAGUCCUAAAGGUUCGUCUGAGAGCAGAGAAAGCCUGGGGGACAUACACAUUUCACAGAUUAUGUGAGGGGAUUCAUUUUUUAUGUCCCCAGUUUUUUCUUCCGAUAAUAUUAAUUGUUGUACACGUGACAUUAUAUUUAAAAUGCAUAAAAGUACAAAAUAACUUUAACCCAAUAGCUCACUAUUCUGAUGGGGGCAAAAGAAAACACAAUUUUUUUUUUUAUUCCUUGAAUGAAUAGUAGGCUCUCAGAACUAAUUUAUUUAUGCAGGUUGCAAAUAUUUAUAACUCAAUAGGUUCUGGCCACUGCCACAAUUUGAACUUAAUGAAAUAAGAAAUAUAUAUUUACUUAUUUAUUAGGGAAGAUACUGUUUGAUAGAGCAUGUGAAAUAAAGUGAAAUGUAUUUAUUAAAAGUAAACCUCCCCCUUUUCACCAAGUAGUAACUAGAGUACUAGUCCUAACAUCUUGUACAAGUUUUCUCUGUCUUCAUUGGGCAAUAAUGUUUCAAAAUUAUUUAUCACCUAUAAAAUUGUCAACCAGUUAUACUUUCUGUCCAAUAUAGAAACAGUGAACUGAUAAAUAACUUCACACUGUUAGCAGUUUCUAUGGAUCCAAUUUAUUGCAUGUGCUAUCUUUGUAGUAAAUAUUAAAACACAUCCUGAAAAUUGAUGUCUGCCCCUCAUUCUUUGGCCAAUGUCUCAGAAAACUUUGUAAAAGAGCAUGAGUAUCCUAUUCUCUAGAUUAUUUGAGCCACUUCCUAAAAUGGACCAUUAGUGAUACAGUGAAAACAAGCUAAGCCAAUUAUAUUCUUAUGAAAAUAUUGUAGGCCAGUUUUGAUUAUUAUAACACAGCCCAAUAAAUAGGCAAUACACAUUCAAUGGGGCUGAGCCUAAAGACCUUUAACAUAUCAUGUUAUAACAAAUAUUAUGCUAGAAACUGCUCAAAGUGAAAAGUAUGCAUUUUUCUCCAAUUCUAUUAGCAUAUUAUGUCUGUCCGUAUCUUGCAAUUUCAAAUUACUAUACCAAUAAUUAACUAUACUUUACAAUCCCCAAACCUUGGUCUUCUCAAAAUAGAUAAAAAUCUGCCUACUGGACAUGCAUUAAUAAUUACAAUAAUAGGUGAUAUGCCACACAAAUGAAUUUCUAGCCCAUGAAAUUUAUGGAGUGCAAUUUCCAAUGGAGAGAGUUGAGAAGGAAAAUGGGAACUAGUCAGGGCAACAAUUUAGAUAAGAUUACAAAGACUCCAGUGAACUGUCUAGUCAUUAGACUCUAGUGUAACACUCAGAUUUACUUUCUUAACAUUCUAACCUCGGUGCCAUGUCCCAGACAUGGCCUUCUUUACUAGUUUCUCUGAGUACUAAGUAUGCAAGACAUCAGUUGUAUCAGUAUUGACAUUACCACACGAAGACAGCCUAUUACCAACAAGCGUGCUUCCUUUAGGAGAGUGAAAAUUGUUUAACACCAAAGAACAUGUAACAGGAUCCCCUUGGUCCAAUGUCUCUUCAGUGACUUGAGAGUCAUUCCUGUAGAGUCAACCUCAUUUGCAUGUCAAUGUGAAGACACGUUAUCAGUGAGACAGGCUGAGGGCUGAACAGGUCAGAAAAAAUGCACAGCCCGUGUGUGCGUUCUCUAUAAAUGUACCUGAAAGCUUAACCCACAUGUUCUACUACAAAUCCUUCCUUUCUUGUUGAAGCAUGUGAAUCUUUGUGGAUCAAGUUCUAUAAUUUAUUACAACUAGAUACGGCAUUAUAGUUUAUCGUCUCUCAUGGAAGUAUCAUGAGAUUUGGGGCACAUUUUCUAGAUAGGUGGAAUGCUAGUUAGCUCUGGAGAUGAGCGUGAAGAAUAAAACUCCUGUUUUUAUGUUCCCCUCGGGAGAAAACCAAAACCCAUAAAUGUUGUAAUUUAUUCACAGGCCAGAAACAGUCAGGAAUAGGGUCACCUAGCAGGCUCCCAGGAAUGUUUCCUUGGCUACAUCUCAACUCCCGGGGAUGCGUAGUAGGAGCUGAGAAAUGCCACAUGGCCUAUAAGUGAACAGGCCCUUGUACAUGUGUUUUCCCAAAUUUGUCAGAUGUUUCUAACUCUUCCUGGACUCAUCACCAACAAUAUCAAUUAUGGGGCAAUUAUUAGACCUGUAGGUCAUGGAUGAUUGGUAUAAGUAUUACUAUUCUUAUACUGUCAUCCAGUUCUUUGCUGGAAAUUUAGACUUACUUUCUCUAAAGUGAUGGUCAAACUAAAAAAAAAAAAAAAAAAAAAGGAAAAAUUAAGUGUCUAUGUUUUGUAUUCCUACUAAUUCAUUGCAUUGUCGCUGUGAUUAUUAUUUUGGGUAUUUUUAUUACUCUGUAGCACUUUGAUUUAAUUAUUUAUGGCAUUUGUCACAACUUUGUUAAAGAAUUGAUAAUAUCAGGGCUACAUAUUUUCAUGCGAGUUUCAAAAAGCUUCCAUUUUCAAUUGAAAUUUGGAGAAUUGUUUUUUAUGGGGGUUUUUUCUUUAAAAUACCUUACACAUCAAGCUUUUCCUCAAACCCUUACAUAGGCAAUUAUUUAAAUUAAUUGAAUUUUAGAUAAAUUAGAAAUAAGUUAAAAUUACUAAAUAAUAUGAAAGCCACUUUUUAUGUGAGAUUUUCAUACACUUUUCUUAGUUUAAAAUUUGAAUAUCUUGUAAACAUUUUAAAGAAGGGAAAAAUAUACUUAUAAUAGGAAUAUGUCAACUUCCUUCUAAUAAUUCCAUUUAAUUCAUUUUUAUUUUGCUUCACUUUCUAUGCCUGCUACCUUAGUCCAUAUUCCAUAUUCUGAACUUAUUUUAUUAGUUGAUACAAUUAACUUUCUCAAUCUGAUCUCUGUUUUUAUUUUACAAUUUUAAACUUAAGAGAACAUUAAAUUAACCCAUUUUGUAGACACAGAAUUGUGCCCCAAAUGAAGCAAGGUCUCCACCCUGACCCUGCAGCUGUGCUCACCUCAGAAUCUGAUUGCUGUCCUUAUUCACCCAAGUGACCCACAGCCUCAUAAGACUUGCUUAUUUUAAGGAAUCCAAAAUGUAAAGCCCCAAAUUCAGGAAAAGAAGGUUGAGAUAAUGGCUUAACUUUUUAAAGGUUUUCUCUCAAAGAAAACCUUGUGAAAGGGUUUUUAUGUUGUUUUCAAAUAUCAUUAACUCCUUGACAGAGGGGUUGAAAGGCAGGGAAAGAUGGAGAAUUAAAUGAUUGUAGUAUCUUGUUAUUCAAUAUAAAUCAGAAAUGAACAUGAUAUGGGUUCAUAUGAAAUCAUUUGAUUAAUGGAAUUCAGAUUUACAUGUCUAUUGCAUAAUUCAAGGCACAAUGCCUAUCUUUAUCGAAAAAUAUAUGUCAGUGAGUGGAGUGGAGAAAAAGAAGCUCCCAAUUUUUAUGAAGACCUGAAAUGGAGAAUAGAGAUUCUUUCAAGUUCUAAGACACCGUGUUAUUGUAGUGAUAGCCAGCAGUGUAUAAAUCACAGCAACACAUAAGUCUACACCCUCACAACGAAUGCGUUGAAAGCCAGUAUCAUCUUGGCUGCAGACGACAGAAUACCUCGCCUAGCACCAUCUUUACACAAACCCUAGCACACUCAUGCACACAGACACAUGUUUUACUUUGACCUGCUUUGUAUAUGCCCCUAUACUUAUCUUUUGGGAUCCACACAGAAAUAUCCCAUCUUGCAAAAUCCUUAUCCAUAUGAAUCUUCAAAAUGUAUUAAAUUAUGUGUUGUAUGUUUGUUUUCCUGUAAAUUCUUUUAAAUCAUUUUAUAUAUACUUUGUGAAGUCCUAUACUGUAUUUUAUAGAGGGAUAUCAUUUGUCCUUCAUUAAAUAGAAUGUUUAUGAUCAUUUUGAUAAAAAUAACUGUGGACACUACACCUUUGUCAAGAAGCAAAAUACCCAUUACAAAUUUGCUUCUUUUCCAAAAUAUAUGAUUUGAUAUACUUCCUUUUCAAUAAUAAUUGAUUCCAGAUAAUAGUUUGGGGACAUCUGUACUUAAAUACUAGCUGAGCCACCUUUUGCAAUGGAAUGCAAAGGAAUACUGUCCCUGGAAACUAAAUGUAAAUUUUUUGGCAGGACAGAAAAUAUUAUUAUAAUGAGGCAAUAAUUAAAUUAUUUUUAAAUCUUUCUGUGUGACUUUUCCCCUUGGUAAAAAUAGUGCAUAGUUCAAGAAUUACCUACCCUCUUCUAAAUUUCUAGUUUCUAUAUUACAGUCCUCAGUAGAUAAACUAUUGUUAUUAAUGUCUUACAACCAUAAGAAAUUCACAAAUGAGAUUGCUACCGGGAGAAUCAGUUAUAGUUGUGCAAUAUUAAAAUUUCCUCCAUAACCUAAAAAAAGCUAAAGCAGUCCAAAAAUACUGCUUUCCACCACAAGUUUGCAUGGUUGAGAUUUGAACAUCAAAAUUGCUGGGUUUUACCCAAGAGUUACUAUUGUUAACACUGUAAUAUUAUAUGAUCUCCUUACAUUUUUGUUUUCAUGUGAUGAACUUUAACUGUAAUUAAACAGAAUUCUGACAAUCAUAUUCUUCAAACCUUUAAAAUGUCACUUAUUCCUUUAUUUAUUGGCUUGCUAUUUUCAAAAUAAAAUAAAAGAGGCCCUUUAUUAAA